CGGCAGUAACAGAGAGUGAAGUGAGAGCGCAGGAACCGGAGCGACUUCCCGGCAGAGAGGAGAGCAGCAGGACCAGUCCUGUAACAUACCAUGGAGUCAACCUGUUGAUGUUGCCAGCUAUUUAUUUGUUUUGCCGUCAAUCGGGGAAGUGAAGAUGCCACUGUCCUUCCCAACGGAAACCUUCGUCUCAAAAACCUUCUCUUCGGACUCCUUCUCUUCCAGCGCAUGGCCUACAGAGGCGUACGCAGCAGACAGCUUCAUCGGCAACGUCAGCAGCAUCGGCGUGUCAGGCGGCCUUCGCUGCACCUAUAAGGAAGACUUUAAACGUAUAUUACUCCCUGCUGUGUACACUUUGGUCUUCUUGCUUGGACUCCCUCUUAACACUGCCGUCAUACUGAAGAUAUGGAGGACUCGGCCCAAUCUGUCCAAAAACAACAUCUAUAUGCUCAACUUAGCCAUAGCUGACUUCCUGUAUGUGAUGUCACUUCCCUUGCUCAUCUACAACUACGGCAGUCAUGACUACUGGCCCUUUGGGGAGUUUACCUGUAAACUGGUCAGGUUUCAGUUCUACAGUAAUCUGCAUGGCAGCAUCCUCUUCCUCACCUGCAUCAGUGUGCAGCGCUAUGUGGGCAUUUGCCAUCCAAUGGCCAUGUGGCCGAAGCAAGGUGGUCGCAAGUUGGCGUGGUGUAUCUGCGGAGGCGUGUGGUUGGUGAUCCUCGUCCUGUGCGCGCCGACUUUCCACUUCGCUGCGACAGGAAUCCAGCGAAACCGCACAGUGUGUUAUGAUUUAAGUACGCCAACUAAUUCGUUAAACUACUACCCGUACGGCAUGGCUCUGACCUGCCUCGGCUUCUUGCUGCCUUUCAUGGGCGUGAUGCUGUGCUACUGUCGGAUGGCCCACAUCCUCUGCCGUCCGGUGUCCUACCAGGGUGUCUCCAUGGCAACCGGGGAGAAACGGGACAAGGCGGUGAGGAUGAUCAUCGUGGUGGCGGCAGUGUUCUGUAUAAGCUUCCUGCCAUUCCACCUCACCAAGACCAUGUACCUGGUGGUGCGUACUCUGCCCGGUGCGCCCUGCGAGACAAGGAACUUGUUCUCCAUCAUCUAUAAAAGCACCAGGCCGUUUGCCAGCAUGAACAGCUUCCUGGACCCUAUUCUGUUCUACUUCACCCAGCCACGCUACCGCCAGAGCACCAGAAGGUUUGUGCUCAGAGUCACCACACUCAGGGACAAGGGCACCAGUGUGUGAGCCGACAGAAGAUCAAGUCCUGCAACAGUAUUUCUUCAAAUCUAGUUGCUACACCAGUGGUGGAUCCUAGGAGGCUACAUGUAUUGGUUGCUGAGUUUCCUUGUGCAUGUUCUAAUGUAAGUCCUUAAUGCUUUUACCUACUACUCACAGCAAACGAAGAACCGAAUCUUCCUAAGAGGGUCUACAAAUUAUCUAGCUGUACUAAGAUGUCAAGAGGACUUCUGAAAAGUAAAAUGAAGGUUUUGCAAUAUGAAAGAUAGACAAAGACUGAGAAAGAGCAAAUAUUUCUCUGGGGAAUUCAGGCAUUUGGGGCACUUCUAAUUGAGAAUCCAGAGAGCUGUACAUAUACUAUACAUGCCGUCAGCAGACAAGGGCAUUCAUGUCCUGCAUUGUCCCCAUUUCCCCAUAACUGUUUUCUUUCAGUCUCUGCUGUGCGCUGGGUAGUAAAGGAGAAACCUUUAUGUAUUUUUUUUGGUUCACACUGUGAGCUGCAGUAUGAGAGAUAAAGAUAUAAUGAUAAUGCUCUAACAUUAUUAAGUAACGAAGAGUGUCUUCCACUUUAGCAGGCCUCUGCGGUUAGAACUAAAGGUGAAAGUUGAUUUUGUGAGAACUAAAGGUGAAAGUUGAUUUUGUGAUAUGUUUGAUGUGGAGGUGUAAAAAGGAAUUUUGAAAGAGAAAAAGAAAGAUCCAUAUAUUUAUUUUAUGGAAUAAAUGCCACUAUGGCGUAAAGCCAUGUAAAAUGCUCAAAGCAAUUGUUAAUGUUUAUGACUACAUGUAUGAAUUGCAUGAAGCACUUGUGUGGGGAAAUGUGCAUUUUUAUAUGGAGUAUUACACUUUCAUAUGAAGAGUUCUACGGUCUCUGCCCUAAAUGUUGUAAGACUUGGUGUUGCAUGUUUUCACCACUGGAUGGUGAGUGCACCCCACUGCUGCAACCCUACUGCACUGAAAUGCUGGCUAUGUUCCUUUUAAAACUGGUACAACUGUUAAAAUGUUAACCAGUAAGGACAAGAUCCCAGCUACUACAAUCAGAGAGAAACUGAUGCCAAAACAACUUAAAUAUCCACCUCAUACCACACGAAAAUAAGCCAUCAGUCUACGGUUCUUUCAUUUAUCCAGUGAGCAAAGGGAAUCCAUUGAAAAGUAUUUACCAAUGUUUAUACGUUUAAGAGUUGUUAUCUGAUGCAUGAGAUACUUAGAGGAAAGGAAAAAUGCUAUAUAUGGACUUUAGGGCAGGGUUACAUUUAGGCUCAGCCUGCAGUUUUCCACUUCCUGUUAGUGUAUGAUCCUUCCCAUGAAAUAAGGAUUUCUGUUCCAAGAAAUUACCUCUGCUGAUUGAAGUUUGAUGUUAUAAAGAUAAUAGAUUAAAUAAUAGGGGAUAGAGACAUUUAUGCAAAGGGUCUCUGUGUUUUUAAAGAGGUAGUCUAGAGCACAUAUUAAUUGUUUAGUACUUAGUACUGUUUUGAUAGCUCUCACUGGAAAGAUUACAGUCUAAAUGUGCACAGUAUAAACUUGUACUUCCUAUUUCUAAUGGAGUUAUAAAAAAGUAACUGAGUUACUGAGAUUGUGAAUUGGUAAUAUGUCAACACUGUGAAGAAAACAAUGGAUAUUUUGAAUAUAUGUCCCAGCUUAGGAUCAGGCACUCAUGUAGCCCUCUCUGAUUUGACAAUUUGAUAUAAAAAUGAAACUUAUAUCACUAAAGUAAUCGUAAACACAGUUUUUUUUAAUACAUUUAAUUUGCCAACAAGCUUUGAAUCGCUCUGAAGCCACUGUAACUGACAACCUGUAGGCAGCUUUAAACAUAUGAUUAAAACAUGCAACUAUGGUUUGAGUUUUGAACCCAUGAGGGAAGAAAUGUUGUGUAUAUUGGUUAAAUGUGAACAUUUAAUGUCAUGCAUUUCAAAUGCAAGUAGAAUUUUGACCACAAUAUGAGGUCAUGUGCUUAAAAUGUUGGGCUCUUCUUAAUGUAUGUGUGUGUGUGUGUGUGUGUGUGUACAACGUGUAUAUUUAGUAAUGUAGUAAUAUACAGUAUGUUGUGCUCCUGCCUUCAGCAAAAUGUGAAUGCAUAGUUUUUGUUGUUGUAUGUAUGAUUGUCUGUUAAGUUGAAUAUUUGAAUGUCUUAUUAUUUUCUCCAUGUCUAUCUGAAACACGUGUGUGGUCAGUUUAAAGAGAUUCAGCCAACGUAGUUCUGUCAAUCAGUAUUAUUUAGAAGAAUUCUUAUUUUUGUAAAAUAUUGUACCACAGAGUAGUAUCAAGAAAUUUUAUUUUGUUAUAUCGAUACAAUUUUGCUGAUGAAAAAGUAACAUUUAUGUUUAUAUAUAGAUAGUUGCUUGUGUAACUGUUAUGGAUGUUAUGGAUGUUGUUGUAAUGUAACUGAAAAACAGCCAUUAAAAAAGUCAC